AUGCGUUCCGCACUAAGAUUCAUCGGUUCUUCACAUCAGAACGCGCAAGAAUUCCUGCGCUUCUAUAUCCAAUGUCUGCCUGAGGACGUCAACAGGGUGAUCGACAAGCUGGAGUCAAGAGUUGUGGUGAUCGAUCACAAAACGAGCGCCAACAUCAAGGCAUCUGUAUUAUGGUCAGAGUACUUACAAACGAAAAACUCCGAGCUAGUCGACCACUUCGUCGGAUAUCUGAAGAUGAUGCUGCGUUGCACGAAGUGCACCUACUGCGCAGUUCCGUUCAACCCCUUUUGGGACUUAUCGCUCUACAUUCCACAACUGACAGGAUCACUUAGUCUCCCAGUGCCCCGAUGA